AUGACCUCCGAGACGCAUUCCGUUGCCCUUGAGGGCGAGUGGCAGGGAGAAUUAGACCCGGAAGACGACCUUGAGGAGCAGAGAGUCAUCUAUGCCACUCUAGACUCUUUCCAGUCCUACCGCCGCGUCGCCCACUACAACGUGACACACGUCCGCCGCCAGAACUUCUACGCCAUGCCCUCUGCGCACUGGAACCUGCUCGCCGGCCCGCCGUUCAACAUCCUCGACGUCUUCGACCGCGUCGACGACGCCAUCGACGCCAACGCCGACCUGGCCGAAGCCAUCUUCCGCGCCGGCGCCCCCAACUUCGGCGUCAACCCGGCCAUCACCUCCCCCAUCCGCGACCCGGACGACCCCUCCCGCACCAUCGCCCCCGUCUGGCGCGGCGCCGCCGCGGCCUCCGACCUCGAGAAGGCCCGCAGCACCAUCCGGCAGAUGUACCGCGACUGGAGCGCCGCGGGCGCCUCUGAGCGCGCCGCCUGCUACGGCCCCGUCCUGCGCGCGCUCUCUGCCGAGCACGCCUCGACGCCUCCCACCGACCGCGACGAGCUGCGCGUGCUAGUCCCGGGCGCGGGACUGGGCCGCCUCGUGCUCGAGGUGUGCCGGCUAGGCUUCAGCGUCGAGGGCAACGAGAUCUCGUACCACCAGCUGCUCGCCUCGUCCUUCAUCCUCAACCACAGCGCGCAGGCCGAGCAGUUCGCCGUCUACCCGUGGGCGCACGCCUUCUCCAACCACCGCGACCGCGAGGCGCAGCUGCGCAGCGUGCGCGUGCCCGACGUGCACCCCGCGACGGCGCUGACGGAGGCGAGCGCGGGUUGCAGGGUGCACGCGUUCGAGCGCAUGGGCAUGGCGGCGGCGGACUUUUGCGUCAGCUACAAGGGCGAGGAGGCGCGCGACUCGUUCGACGCGGUGGCGACGGUUUUCUUCAUCGACACGGCGCCGAAUCUGAUCAAUUAUAUCGAGGCGAUUGCGAAUUGCUUGAAGGCCGGCGGCUUGUGGAUCAACUUGGGCCCGCUGCUGUGGCACUUUGAGAACGACCCGCCCGGCGCGAAGAACAAGCGAGGUGGUGGGGACGGUGGGAAUGAUGAAGGCGAUGCGAGCGGUGCUGGUGGUGCUGGCAGCAAGGAUCUCGGCAUUGCGGAAAACGGAUCCGUCGAGCUGACGGACGAAGAGGUGGUAGCGUUGGUGGAGCGGUUCGGCUUCAAGAUUGAGCAGAGGGAGCUGCCUGGCGGUGGCGAGGAAGGAGUGGGUACGGGCAUCGAGACUGGUUACAUCUCGGAUCCGAAGAGCAUGAUGCAGCACGUUUACAAGCCCUCAUUCUGGGUCGCGAGGAAGCUGUGA